AUGGUCGAAGAAGUGAUGGAAGAGUUCCGAGAGAUCGAUCCGUUGGAAAUAUCACUAAUGGCAACAAAUGAAAGUUUGUAUAGCAAUUGGGAGGAGAUUGAGGUGAUCAGAAAGGCUUUGGAUAGUGAAAUAGAAGAAAAUGACGAGUUACAGAAAUUUCAGGCGGCCCUCCCUAUAUUUAGGGCGGCCAGCUUGAAAACGGAAGAAUUAGAAAUUUUUACAGAAAAUUCAGGCGAUCCGCUCACAAAAACGGGCGACCUCUCUACAGUUUUUGGUUCACAGAAAUUGCAGGCGGCCCUCCCUAAUUGUAGGGCGACCAGUCUGAAAAUGGGGCAAUCAGGAAGUUUUACAGAAAAAAUGGGCGACCCGCUCACACAUAAGGGCGAGCGCCCUGUCAGCUCAAAUUGGAACAUUCCAUUCGAGUUGAUGUGCGACGCUAGCGACUUUGCGGUAGGAGCUGUUCUAGGCCAAAAGAAAGAUGGGAAACACCAUGCGGUGUACUAUGCGAGUAGGACACUCGAUGAUGCUCAAAUGAACUAUUCCACCACGGAGAAAGAGCUUUUAGCGGUGGUGUUUGCCUUUGAGAAAUUCAGAUCAUAUUUGGUGGGCUCGAAAGUCAUCGUUUACACAGAUCACGCAACUUUGCGAUAUCUUCUUACAAAGAAGGAUGCCAAACCGAGAUUGAUCCGAUGGAUACUGCUUCUACAAGAAUUCGACUUGGAAAUUCGAGACCAGAAAGGGACGGAAAACACAGUAGCCGAUCACCUAUCAAGACUAGAAGUGAUUCCCCCGGAGUUGAGCUACAGCGGAAAGAAAAAGUUUCUUCAUGAUGUUCGGGAAUACUUUUGGGAUGAACCUUUCCUCUUCAAACGGGGAAAAGAUGGAUUGUACAGAAGAUGCAUACCCGAAGAGGAGGUACGACAAGUGAUUUACCAUUGCCAUGCAUCGGAUUACGCAGGCCAUUUCGCAUCGGCCAAGACAGCUGCAAAGAUUUUGCAAGCGGGUUUCUAUUGGCCAACCUUAUUCAAGGAUGUGCAUCGGUUUGUGAGUUCUUGCGACGCUUUCCAAAGGACAGGGAAUAUUUCACGCAGAAAUGAGAUGCCGCAACAUUACAUACUUGAAGUAGAGCCGUUUGAUGUGUGGGGUAUUGAUUUCAUGGGACCGUUUCCCUCAUCUUGCGGGAACUUAUAUAUCCUUGUGGCUGUGGACUACGUGACGAAAUGGAUUGAGGUAUUAGCAAGUCCGAAGAACGACUCUAGCACUGUGACAAGGAUGUUCAAACGGACAAUAUUUCCAAGAUUUGGAGUGCCAAGAGUAGUGAUAAGCGAUGGCAGUGCACACUUUGUUAAUAGGAUAAUCCAAACCCUUUUGACAAAGUAUGGUGUCCACCAUAAGAUUGCCACCGCUUAUCAUCCGCAAACGAGUGGACAAGUGGAAGUAUCAAACAGAGAGAUCAAGUCUAUACUUGAGAAGACGGUUGCUAAGUCAAGAAAGGAUUGGUCAUUGAAGCUAGAGGAUGCGGUUUGGACAUACAGGACUGCCUUCAAGACCCCGAUUGGAAUGACCCCUUUUCAGCUUGUGUACGGCAAAGCGUGUCACUUACCCGUGGAAUUGGAACACAAGGCUUACUGGGCCAUCAAGGCUUUGAACUACGAUUGGAAAACGGCAGCGGAGAAACGAGUUCUAGAGCUACACCAUUUAGACGAAAUUCGGCUAGAUGCUUACGAGAAUGCAAGGAUUUAUAAGGAGAGAGCAAAAAAAUGGCAUGACAGACAUAUCCUCCACCGCACUUUCAAGGAGGAUGAUCAAGUCCUACUUUUCAACUCGCAGUUGCGCCUCUUUCCAGGUAAGUUAAAAUCUCGUUGGUCUGGUCCUUUUAAAGUUAAGAGGGUUACUACUCAUGGUGCUAUCGAGCUCGAUGAUGGAAAGGGAAGUUCUUUCUUGGUUAAUGCUCAGAGAGUUAAACUGUACAACCCAGGAAAUGAACUCGGACCGAGAGGCACCUUAGCCCUCGUGACUCCGUUUCACGAGUGA